GGGCCGCAAACGUCGAAUAAAUUACAAACUUCCAAUGAAGCACGAUCAUCGUUGUCGGCGGUCAUAAUCUGGUCGCGUGGUAUGGGCUUGCGUCGGAUGAACGAUUGUAAAAGCCAUCAUGAAACGAACUUCCAUCAUCAAGGCAUCUACUGCUCAAAACAUCUGCAUUUUUUGUUCAUGUCGGCUCGAUCCAGCAUCCAUCCUAUUGCCCAAUAUCCCAAAGAGGCGUGUUUCGACAUCGAUAAUUCCUAGGACUCUGUCACUCAGGUCAAAUAAUCCUUUACUUCGAACUCGUUUCCAAAGAUCUCCGACAAGCCAGCGGACCAGCAGCUCAGAAGCAUGGACGCCCGACCCGAACUCACCGUUGAGCGCGGCCGAGCAGAGGGAGAAGCAUAUGCGCAUGGAGGCUCGAAGGCAGGAGGAGGCGGCGAGAAAGGCAGCAGUGGCACAGAAUGUGAAGCGAAGCGUGGCAAACGCGGCGGUCGUACGAACAGCAAACUCGCCAGGGGCAAGCUUACCAAUAGAGAAGACCAGUCAGCGCGAGAAAGGGGACGACAAUGCGAGAAGACCGAGUGUUGCGGGUGCAUUACAGAAGGCAGGGCGUACCAGGCAAAGCGCGGCGGACGUGCGAGCAGCGAAUUCGCCAGUGGCCAGUCUACCAAUACGCAAGACAGGUCGGAGCCGGAAAGAUGAAGAGGAUGCGAGAGUAUCGCAGACGGCGGCAGCCCUACUGAAGGCACAGCGAACCAUGCGAAACGCAACGAUCGUGCGAGCAUCAGAUCAGCGGGAGAAAGACGAGGAGAAAGCGAGACGAGCGAGUACGGGUAGAGGGCAACAGGUAAUCAGAGAAAUUGCUCAGGACACAGUCGGGACUAUGCAGAAAGGGACAGAUCGCGGCCGUCAUCCUGUACUGUCAUCACGAACCGCUUCUCAAGUUACGCCGACCCCGAAGUCGACCUUUGCAGCGGAAGCGGCGCCACCAGUGCAGAAAGUAGCCAGACCAAGCUUCUCCGGUGCUUCUCAACCUAUAGCACCUUCGUCAAGCAUGGGUCUGGCAUCAGGUUGGGGCUCAGGACACACGGAGACCAAGCAGGUGGUCUAUGGAGACGCGCCACUCGAGCGAAUAUUGCCAUCGUUCAAGCAGAGCGGGAAUGUACCUCAGCAGCGCUUGAAUGCGCCAGCGGGCCUACAGUCAAUAAACGAACCCCGAGUGAUUGAGCCAUCAAAUUCAGAAUUCACGUACCAAGUGCCGAAGGUCCCACAAGCUACCCCCACAAAUUCAACAGCCUCAACUACACUGGACGCAAAGUCACUCGAAGUUCCCUCGGCCCAGCAGAUAACCCCUGAAGGCGAUCGAAACUCCGAUGGAAAGCCGUCUGUCUCGCAGCCUGAACGAGUGAACGACAUCGUCCCUUCCGAAAAUCCACAAUCAUCCAGAGGGGGGUCCGAGAGCACGAAUGUCCCCCCACGAUUCCGAGGCCGGCCGACCUCGAGCGGCACAUUAAAGUCUGACAGGCCCGACAAUUCCAUGCUCCAGCAUAGAGUUCCUGAUAGUGAAAUAAGGACCCGAAAACCACCAGUCUUCUCGCAGCCUCCACAAGGUGCUGAUGCCAGGUUUUCUCGUGGCCCGGAGACAUCGGGAUGGGGUUCGGGAAGCACUUAUGUCGCUCCAAGAGUCCAAGGUGAAUCACAGUCAAAUCGGCCAACCCGCAAUGGUAUACCUUCAGAUCCAGUCGCGUCUGUAGCCUCUCCUGGCAUUGGUGCAAAGCCGAGCAACAGGUCUACUACCUUUGUGCCCUUCAAUGUGAGAUCUCCAACCCAGCAAGGCAAUCAGGACAGCGACGGUAUUUAUCGAACAGUCCUCGUGCGGAACGAAGACCUGAGAUUCGACGAGCCAGCUGCUGCUGAAGAUACGCCACCGAGUACAUGGCAACAUCUUCGCCAGAAAUCUGCCAAUGUACCGGAAGCGCAACGUAACGAUCCUGCACGCGCCGAUCCACAUAUGCAGCGCGACGAUCAUAUUGAGCAGAAUUUUCGGAAGCACGUCCUCGGUCGACCAUCAGCGCCACCUGUUUAUCAGCCGUCGACAGACACUUAUAACAACUACGCGACAAAGUAUGCACAGACCGACAGUUUGUCUCAACGCUGCGGGCGUUGUGGACAGGUUGGCCACAUAGCCAGAGACUGUCCGCGAGAUCAAGUAAGACGUGAGGAGCCAAGGCCAGCUCCUGCAUAUCCUCAAACUGCGUCGCGCAAUGAAAGCCAGCUUGCCCAAGGUCGAGACGACGAAGCAGGCGAAGACCGCAGGGCAAAGACCACAAGGUUCGAAGCGUUUCGACCCAAGUGGAGUUCAGAAGAAUCGGCUCCGACUCCUCGGGACUCAUGGUCUGAUGAUCCGCCACGCGCUAGACGUGUUUCCUACGAGCACACAAUGGGUAAAUUGGAUGACCGCGCCUCCGCUGAGGAACGUCCGCGCGGUCGCCGCGAUAGGUGGGCAACCGAUGUAGACGAGGAUGAUGGUGUCGUAUCCGGAAAGACACGCAAAGAUAACCGUCGAGACAGGUGGGCGCGUGACGCAGAAGAGGAUGAGGCUGUCUCUGCGGGCUCAAAAUUCUCCAACGCCAAAUCCUCGCGCGCAGGCCGCUCGGACAGACGUGAUAGAUAUGAACUGGACGAAGAGGAUGAUUCGGUAGCACUCCAGAAAGCUUCGAAGGGCUCUGAUCGGAAAGGUGCACGUUCUUUCAGGGACGAAGAUGACGAAAGCGCCGCGGACCGAGAAGAAGCGCGUGCCCGCAAGCAGGCCCGUCAAGCUGAGCGAGCAGCCCAAAUGGCAAGCGAGCGAGCAGCCGCUCAGGCAGAACGUGAAGCACGAGCUGCCGCUAAAACGCUCACCGUGAGACUACCCGAAUUUGUCAGUGUGCAAAAUCUAUCUCAAGCGUUGGGCGUUCGAUACGAGCGAUUCGUCGACAGGUUGGAAGAACUAGGCUACGAGGACAUCUUCCCAGGCAAGAUUUUCAAUUCCGAAAUCAGUGGCAUGAUCGCCUUGGAGUACAACUACGAACCAAUCUUCGAGACUGGUGUGCAUGAAGACGAUGAUCGUGAUUUGAAGGCGCUGCCUACGUCCGAGGGAGAAAAUCUCCCGCCUCGCCCCCCUGUGGUGACAAUUAUGGGACAUGUCGACCACGGCAAGACGACCAUCUUGGACUACAUUCGCAAGAGCUCCGUGGCUGCCGGUGAGGCUGGUGGCAUUACGCAGCACAUCGGUGCUUUUAGUGUACCCAUGACAAGCAGCGGCAAGACCAUCACGUUCCUGGAUACUCCGGGCCACGAAGCGUUCUUGGCCAUGCGACAGCGUGGGGCCAACGUGACCGAUAUCGUCAUUCUGGUUGUGGCAGCUGACGAUAGCGUGAAGCCGCAAACCAUCGAAGCCAUCAGACAUGCCCAGGCAGCCAAAGUGCCAAUAAUCGUCGCCGUGAACAAGAUCGAUAAAGAAGAGGCUGACAUCGAGCGCUGCAAGCAAGAUCUUGCUCGUCAUGGGAUAGAGAUCGAAGACUACGGCGGUGAUACGCAAGUCGUACCUGUCUCUGGAAAGACUGGCUUAGGCAUGGACGUUCUGGAAGAAAAUAUUGUCACAUUAUCCGAAAUCCUUGAUCAUCGCGCGACCGUCGAUGGACAGGUGGAAGGAUGGGUCAUCGAAAGCUCCACCAAAUUGUCCGGGCGAGUGGCAACUGUUCUCAUUCGCCGUGGUACUUUGCGCGUCGGCGAUAUUAUCGUUGCAGGCAAAACCUGGGCUCGUACUCGCACCCUCAAGAACGAAGCGGGCGAAUCUUUAGAAGAGGUCGGACCUGGAAUGCCUGUGGAGGUAGAUGGUUGGAACGAACAACCUGCUGCUGGUGACGAAGUUUUACAAGCCCCGAACGAGCAGAAGGCGACAAGUGUGGUUGACUUCAGAAUCGAGAAACAAGACAGAGAGCAGAUUGCGAAAGAUCUCGAAGUUAUAAACGCCAAUCGUCAAGAACAACAGAUCAGACAUGCGAAAGAUAAGGCGGCAAAGGAAGAAGCACGCCGAAACGCCAACGCUGCCAAGCAAGCCGGAGUUGAAGUUGACGUUUCACAAAAGACCGAGACACAAGACGAGAACAAAGAACAACAAUCAGGUCAACAGCUGAUUCCUUUCAUCAUUAAAGCCGACGUGUCGGGUUCUGUGGAAGCCGUGUCUGCCUAUGUUUUAGGAGUAUCUCAUCCACUGAUCGCUCCAAAGAUUCUGCAUGCCGACGUUGGCGCAAUUCACGAGUCGGACGUUGAUCUGGCAGAAGCCUCAAAGGGCCAUAUCAUCGCCUUCAACUUGCCGACCAGCAACGACAUCCGGCGCGACGCUGAAACUAAAGGAGUCAAAAUCUUGGAAAACAACAUCAUCUACAGAGUCCUGGACGACGUGAAGGCUGUCCUAGAAGCUGCAUUGCCACCAUUGAUCACCCACAAGGUCACCGGCGAAGCCGAGAUCGGUGCUUCUUUCAGUAUCAACACCAAGGGCCGGAAGUACCAGAAAAUCGCCGGAUGCAAGAUCCGAAACGGCUCCAUCAAGAAGGGCAGCUAUGUUCGCAUCUUGCGUAACGGCGAGAAAAUCUACGAUGGCACUAUCACCUCGCUCAAGAACGUCAAGAAGGAUGUCGAGGAGAUGCGGAAGGGCAGCGAGUGCGGUAUGGGCUUCAACAAGUGGGAGGAAUUCGAGGUGGGCGAUCAGAUCCAGACCUACGACAUCGUCAGUGAGAAGCGGUAUAUGUGAGUGUGAUGCCAGCCAGGUCCACGACCUUGACGCCAGGCAUCACUUCAAAUUGUGCAGGUGGCUUGUCAAGUUAUCUAGAAUUCGUGGCCCUUCUUUCUUGUUCCCAUUGGAGCUUGAUUCUUUGCUCGAGAGCAACAAGCAUUUUUAUAGAGUUCCGAGCGCCAUUAAAGGCUGAAAUGAGCGGGAUGCUCACUGUACGAUGUAUGUAGAUAAUAUUGACAUGUAAUGGUACAGCAUGUUGAGUGAA